AAUAGGAUACGUUUGUUUACUUUUUCUAUCGAGCCCAAAAGAAUUUGCUAACUGCAUGUCUUUCUUUUAAUAACACAAAACCCUUUUUUAAGUUUUGGAUUUACAAUGAUUUACCCUUUCAUACAAAACAUCUGACUGUUUUAUUUAUUCAAAUGAAAUAAUGCAUGCUUCAUUUUUUUGUUCUGCAGGGGAAAAAAAAUCUAAAUGUAGUUUGUGUGUGAUUUUAUAAAAAAAAAAAAAGUUUUAUUGACCUACCAGCACUUUUGACUUGAUGAUUUUGGCCCACUUAACAAAAGGUUUGGACACCCCUGCUUUAGGAUAUGCAGCCUGUACAAUCGCGCUGGGGGACCUACAAAUAGGUGCAUUUACAUUUUGUUAUUUGCAAUGUUCAAUAUUGCGCCCUUUCCUCGGGAGCAAAUAGGCAAAUUAAAUAACAUUUAUAAACCAGUGGAUGUAAAAAAAAUUAACUACCCUGACAUAGUCGUCGAUUAGUGUGUUAAAAAGCCUUCUUGUAGGACUUCUACUCUCACUAGUUGGACAAAGGUGCCAUUAGCAGGUAAAACGCGCUAUUACCUAGUGUGAUUCUUAACUAGUACAGCCCAAUAUUAGUCUACCGAGAAAUUCUGAUCUCAAAUGCAUGGAUUAUUUACAACAACGGCUUGCCACAGCCUUCCGUCCUCAGUUCUCCAGCCAGAGAGGGAGGUGGGGAGGGGGGUACCGCCGCACUUUGGCUUCCCAGCUCUGACACAGCGUCAUCGGUGAAACAAGCACACGCACUCUCGGGCCGAGCCCCGUCCGCUCCCACAAAGGAGAGAAGAUGUCCGAGCCCAACAAGUACCGAGAGUGGAUCCUGGAAACUAUCGACUCGCUCCGUUCGAGGAAAGCACGUCCGGAUCUGGAAAGGAUUUGUCGAAUGGUACGGAGGCGACACGGGUCAGACCCAGAUCGAACCAGGACGGAGCUGGAAAAACUCAUCCAGGAGCAGACGGUGCUCAAAGUUAGCUACAAGGGAUCCAUAUCGUACCGAAACGCGGCCAAGGUGCAGAGGAAAAGCAGAAAAAGGAGUGAGUUCAGCGGCGACGUUGGCGCGGAUGCGCCGAGGGAGCGGACCAAACCCAAUCAUCCGAACAACAACGGCGACAGCGCGCACAGCUUCACCGACCCAGAGGAGGGCGAGGAGGAGCCGGAUCCCCGCGCUGAAACAUUAACCAGCAGCCGAAACCAGAAGCUCCAGCCUUCCACCAGCCCGGGUAGCGGAAACGGGUGCCUCAGUUGUGGCGCAACAACGAGCUGCGCUGUCGAGAGCGGCUGUGGAGAGGAGAAAGCAAGUGCACCGAGAGACAAGGGAUUAGGACAGCAGGGAGAGGGUGGCUGCCUGCCGCCCGGAGACAGCCACGGAACAGGAGACCAGAGUGAAGAUGUUCCAUCCAGCGGAGGAAAGAAGCCCGAUUUAUCCGGAGCUGACACUCGGAGCCAAACUUACUCUGGGAGCGACAGCCAAGCCCAGACACAGAGGCAGACCGAGUCUAGCCAGCCUAAACUUCGACUCGAAGGAGGGUGCACCAAAACAGCGCACCGCCACGCCAACUCCGAGCUGCGCGACAACCUGGCGGCUCUCUCCGAGAAAGCCCACCGAGGAGGGGGCUCCGCCGCCGCGACCCGAGGCCACAUGAAGCCGCUGGGCUUGAAGGAGAUUCUGGGCUACCUGAGCAGCCAGGAGCGGCUGUCGGAGGAAAAACUGACCCGAGGCAAAGUCAAAGUGGUGAUGGAGAGAGAGGUGGAGAGGGGCAUGUUGCGCAGGACGCGCUGCGGGAACAUCACUCUUCCUCUGCGGGGGAUGGAGCUGGAGGAGCCCGAGUCGUCCGCUGACAGACUUGCGAGAGGCGCACUGCAGGACAAACACGCAGUGAAAAAGUCCUCACCUCCAGCCUGCCCGGAGAGCGAGCCUAUGGAAAUUGGCGGAGAGGAAGAGGAGGAACCGGGAGGAGAGAAGGAAGAGAAAGAUGAUGAUCCCGGGAGUUCUGAUGAGGACGGAGGACCUUCUCCGGUAGCCAUGACAACGGAUGCCGGACUUACUGAGAAAAACAGAGAAGAUGCAGGUUUUCAGAGAGAGCUGAAGGAGGAGAGCCCCCAGCAGCAGCGGCAGGAUGGAAAAGCUGCUCGUUCCUCAGGGACGUCUGGGCUUGAUUUUCCUCCAGAGUCCCCGUCUCCCCCUGCUGACAGAGCCUCCUGGUCUGAGAGUAACGGUGCGUGCUUGGAGGAGGGAGCUUUUGCCUCGGAUCAUCUGAGCUACGCACAGCAUGAUGAAAUAAACCUCACCGCCUCAAACUUCAGCAACUUGGAGUAUAAAACAGAGGUUGGUGCUUCGUCCUGCAUGCUCACACCCACUGCCUCCCCGAGGGACUCCAGCAUCCCCGAAGAACGAGGUAUUAAUGACAGCAGUGGAGGGCACAUGAAGUUUGACAGCACCAGUGUGAGCCUGGUGGACUGGACCGUGACUGAUGUGGUCCGUUAUUUCACCACCGUGGGUUUCCCCGAGCAGGCAGCUGCCUUCAGGGCCCAGGAAAUCGAUGGAAAGUCUCUUCUCCUCAUGCAACGCAAUGACGUUUUGACCGGUCUGUCAAUUAAACUUGGACCCGCCCUUAAGAUCUACGAGCGUCACAUAAAGGUUCUGCAGAAAACACACUUUGAAGACAACGACUGCUAACAGCAUUCAGAAAAUACACUCAGACUGUUAUGUUAAUAUCUAAAUAUAGCUCAAGUAUUACAAAAUGCACGUGUGAUAUAAGAUAAAUACAUUUUUCAUCUCUGUAGAAAACCAACAAGCAAACACCGCUCAGUUUUGAGCCUUUGCAGCCUGUUUGGUCUUUGUAGAAAUGCUGCUGGAUUUUCUAGGAGGAGUUUUGAAUGAAACAAAGCACAAAUCUUGGGCAAAAAAAAAGCAGAAUUUUACAACAUUUUCAUACACUUAGAUUCAAUGCAAAAAUGCAAAUUCUUUUAUUUCAAAGAAUGAAGCACUUUUCCUUGUUUUGUUUAUUAAUAUGUGUAUUGCUACUAUUCCACACAGACCACAAAUCACACCAAUCAGCAAGAAUUGCAAAAUUUUAGGGUUUGUGGUGAUUCUUAGGAUUUUCCAAAUAUUCUGGAAUAAUCUGUGGUGCCGUAGGAUUAGUUUCAGUAAGAUUAAAUUGUUUUAUGGACAUAAAAUGUAACUAGAAACUAAAGUUAGAAAAGUAAAUUGUACUUCUUCUUUUUUUUUCUUAUCUAUUUAAAAAUAAAUAGUAUUUUGUGUUUAACUUUUUUUAUAAAUUAUUUUCAUAAUUUCUUAUUUUUUCAGAUUUUCUUUCCAAGGGGAGAAAAGAUUUGGGCGGUUUUAGGGGUUACCUAUAAAUGCCUACAAAUCAAUUGGGAACUGGUUACGAUACCUAAGAAUCAACUAGGAAUUUGUUGAGAAUUAACAGAGACUUUCUGGAUUAUGGAGUUCUGCACUGAAAUUUCAGAUGGCUCAAAAAUAUCAGGAAGUAAAAAUCAGUUACAAAUUCAGGAACUUAUUGUUGGCGAUUCGUGGUCUGUGUGGAAUCGGGAUUUAAGAUUGUUAGUGUUUUCGUAAUGCAUCUUACGUACAUUAGAUUAUAGGUCUGUGGUAUGAGAGCUUCAUGCUUGCAAGUGUAAUUCUUGUUCAUACAGAAUAAACAUAGUGGACAAAACGGAAGUUUAGAUAAAAGCAGACUUGUUGCAGACCCUGAAGCUGGAGUAAAUGUUGAUCUUUCCUCAUAUGUGUUCAUGUUCAUUCAGAAUUCAGUGCCUCUGAUUUUUAGAAGUUAUUCUUUGAGGGUUUUUUAUGUGUUGCCUGAAGUGUCACAAGAAAAGCUGGCAAUAAAAGGACCCUAAUAUUUUCAAACAGAUUUUCCUAUGGUUGGAUUGGACCUUCAAGAUUAUGAUGUAUUUACUCUUUGCUGGAAUCUCUGGAAAAAACUCAAACUUAUAAUUGGGAUCUAAAUUACGUUUCUAUGCAUUAAAAAACACUUGUUAAUUGUCUUUUUAUGCUGUUGCAUCUUAGCUGCACAGCUCAGCGAAUGAAACCAUUAGACAUUUCAAAAACACAAGAGAAGGCAAAAACAUUUGCUGCACAUUUCCUUUAACUACACAGUGCAGUCUUUCAAGUUUUUCCUCCAAAUGUAAAAGUUCUUGUUGAGCCAAGAUUACACAGAAUAUUUAAUAACUCUAUUUGAAUCGUCAGAACUGAACGAUUGCCUGGAAGCAUAUAGAGCAGCUGUCCAUUUCCAGGCCUCAAACAUUGGUGUCCUGCAUGUUUUAGGUGACUUCCUGGUUUAACACUUGAUUUAAAUAAAUGGGUCAUUAUCAAGCAGGUUCACUUGAAUCAGCUUUCACAUCUAACACAUGGCCCUCAAGGAUUGGAUUUGGACACUACAUAUCUAAAGGAUCAAGAGCAAAUACAUGAAGUCUCUGCAGCAGCAAACAGGAGAACACCUCUAGAAAAAUCUAUUUUUAUGGACUAAGCUAGUAUUUUUUGUGUUUGUUAAAUUUAUUGACUUUCCAUGCAUGCAGAAAUCAUCAGGAAGCAAAGAAAAUGACGGUCCCACAGUUGCUAAUGAGCGGCAAAUAACCGAGCUGAAGUCUGCACAUAUUCAGCACAGUCCUUCGUCUUCGUCAGUCAGAUCUUAAAACUGUCACAAGAGAAGAGUUUUGCAUUUGUAUUUUUUAUGUUUUAUGCAGAUCUAGGCCUGAAACAAUAAGAGUCCAACUAACUGCCAUCUAAAUGCAUCAUUAGCAGGCUUAGCAUUAAUGCAUAGGAACAUGAAACCCAACCAAAAACCUGCUGUUCGAUGAUAAAGACCAGUAUUCAUGUAUUGUUCAGCUCUAUUCAAAUUUAUCAAAAUUGUUUUUUUCUGUCUUUCUUUACUGUUUAUUUUACUCAAAUUCAGGCUUAGUAACUAAUUAAAAGAUUGUUUUUAGAAGAGCUCUUUCUUAUUUGGUCAUGUGUUUCCAUGAAUGAAUAAAUGAAUGAUUUAUUUAAUGGGCUGCCUCAUUACAGUAAAACUAUUUAGUAAACUCUUUAGUAAAAAACGAUCAAAGAUGAUCUACACAGAUGUUACUGUUGCAGGGUUUAGUUGCAGCUUAUGUUUGUGCUCUCAGUGCCCUCCUCCGCUUUAGUGUUGUUUUAAAGAACAACCAGAUUAUGUCACAAAGUAGUGAGCUUCCCUUAGUCUUAUUUGAUUCCAGGCAUUAGUGACUGUUUCCAUGUAAACAUGUUGGAUAUUUAUGAGUUGGUAGAAAAGAAAUGAGUGUGUGCAUGGUUGUUUGUCCUGUGUGUCUCUGUGUUGCCCUGCGUUGGACUGGUGACCUGUCCAGGGUGAACCUCACCUCUAUCCCGUAGACCGCUGGAGAUGGGCACCAGCUCCCCCGCGACCAGUAUGGAAGAAGCCGGUAUAGAAAAUGGAUGGAUGGAUGGUUCUCGUAUGAUGUCUGUUAAAAAUAUUUCUGGUCCACAAAGAAGUGAUGGUGCAUUUCACCAGCAAAAUGCACCAACAUCGGCAGAACAAUCAGCUUUUAAUUGUUUGAAUAUGUAAUGAAAUUGGAGAAUUCUCAUUAAACAUGUAACAUGUAAGUGAGCAAAUCAAAUAUUAUCAGCUGCAUUUUUAAACCCUUUGUGACAUCAAGUGAGCAGACAUUCCAGGUUUUGCACUAAAACCUUCUUGCUACGUUUGUUUCCAUUUUUUAACAUGUUGGUUUGUUUUGGCAAUAAUUUUUACUGAGAGGUGUUCCCCUUUGUGCAUUUGAACCGUCUCUACCUCUUGUUUUACUCAUCAAUAUGUUUAGCUAUCAAAGUGUUUUCUGUCAUUUCACCCUUUUUGUUUAAAUGAACCUGUUUGGAGGGAGCUGCUGUGUUUAAAAAGGUAGAAAACUGAUUUUCCUGUCAUUUGUUACUUGUUAAAGAACAGUUUUAGUAAUAAAAGCAAAAAAAUAAAGCAAACGUGUGUUGA